CAUACUUGCACUACGCUUAUUUUGUUCAUAUACACAUUUGUAUCUGUUACAACAUAUGGAACCGUAUGUGAGAGGCAGAGGAUAUGGACGAAAUAAAUAAUAUUCUGUAAUAACUGUCAUAUAGUGUACACCCCCACCACCCCGUGGGCACAUAUAAAUGGGUGGUAGGGGAAGGGACUGGUGAUGGCGUCGCCUUGUCCCCCUGAUCCGAGGGAGUCCAUGUGAUGUCAGAUAAAUACUAAAGACAGUGAUGAUCUGAGGCUGAUGAGGAUGUCUGCUUGUAAAAUGUGACAGUGCGGUCACGCAACUCUCUCUGAAUACAUCUGCUGUCGCUCUGAAAAAGGUAAACUACAACACUGACUGGGACGCACAUUUGCCAUUCCGUUUUUCCGAGGUGUUGAAUGGGGAUGAACUUAGAGGGGGAUUUUUCUUUUUCUUUUCCUAACGAGCUCUGUAAUGUCCUGUUAAUUUUGUGUGUACUAGUUAAUGAGCAUUAAUCUGCUACCCCUGGUCGCUAUUGUUCGGGGAGGGCCAUUUGAAUGCAAAUGAAUGACAUUGUAAAAGCAAGGUGCUUAUUAAACUGAUGUGUGUCCUGGCUUUUCUGAAAUUCAGGAGGCGAGGACUGGGCGGCUGGCUGCUCGAUCGCUGCUCACACCAAGUUGGACUAAAAUGGCAAGCUCGCUCCCUCUCGAAACGGUCAUGGCCUGUCCGGGACUAGACAGCAGGACAGGAGCCACCGCCGCACCGAAGGCCCUGGCUUUCUCCAUCGACAGGAUCAUGUCCAAGACCUCAGAACCGAAGGGCUUGCUCGGCGACCGCCGGGGACUGGAGCUCUCCGAGGGCAAAAAGAUGGUCAGCCUAUGCUCUCCUAUACCUUGCAUGAUUCCCAUCCAGCCUUUCGGCUACGACCUACAUGCCAAGGCGCUGAUGAACUACUCCGAAUUGUGGAAAGCUAAUUUAAGGAGCACACUGUGCACUUCUGCCGGGAUGUGCAAAACCAACUGCGGGAUGUGCGGCAAAGCAGACUCGGGGUUCAAGCAUUCCUUAUUACCGGGAGCAAGAGUAAUCAAACCCCAAGUCAUCCACCAAGCCGUAGCGAUGCCCACGAACGGUUCUUUGUACUAUUUCAAUUAUUUGGACUCUGCGUAUCACCAGUCAGACUUGCUAAGCGGACAUUUGUUCUCUUCUGCCUUGGCUAACUCUCAGGCGCAAGCAUCCCUCAGCGCACACCACAAACUUCUGCUGUUAGAGAACGCAAAACUGGCCAAUGCAACGGCGGAUAAAUUUCCAACACCACAGUAUCCCCAUAAAGAGCACCUACCUGGACAACUGGACCAGAUUGUGAAAGAGAACCACACCUUGACGUCGGAGAAAAACGGAGUGAAAGCGCACAACAAAGCCAAUAAUUGCGGGGCGGAUGGGAAACCAAAAAACUUCACUUGCGAAGUAUGCGGAAAGGUGUUUAAUGCCCACUAUAACCUCACGCGUCACAUGCCAGUACACACAGGCGCAAGACCAUUUGUGUGUAAAGUGUGUGGAAAAGGUUUCCGCCAGGCGAGCACAUUAUGCAGACACAAAAUCAUCCACACACAGGAGAAACCUCACAAGUGCAACCAGUGCGGGAAAGCCUUCAACAGAAGCUCGACCCUAAAUACUCAUGUCCGAAUCCACGCAGGCUACAAACCUUUUAUCUGCGAAUUCUGUGGCAAAGGAUUUCACCAAAAAGGAAACUACAAAAACCACAAACUGACGCACAGCGGAGAGAAGCAGUUCAAGUGUUCCAUCUGUAACAAGGCCUUCCAUCAAGUCUACAACCUCACUUUCCACAUGCAUACCCACAACGACAAGAAGCCAUUCACCUGCGGCACCUGUGGCAAAGGUUUCUGCCGGAACUUUGACUUAAAAAAGCACAUAAGGAAAUUGCACGAUAACGUGACAAAUGCGGUGAAAGAUUCUUCCAGAGGACUCAAAAGCUGAGACUCAUUCAAGGUCACAGAUGGACUGAUGAACAGAGAUAUUUCUUUCAAUUUGUUGUACAUAGGCUACUCAUCUUCUACCUUUACACGAAAUAAUAUCUCACACUUCUGUACAAUAGGAAAAUCCCGGUCAUUUUUAUUGAAUAACAGUUCGAAGACCCUUUGACUUAAUUGUACAUAACUCUAUUAAUAAAAUGUUAUUUAAAAGUGUUUACCUGAACGCAUUUUUAUGCAUCAAUGCUGGAAGAUUGCUAAAGCUACUGGAAUGUCAGACAAUUUAUAUACACAGUGUGUGUGAAUUUGAUGUUUGGUCAGUUGUUGGCGUCUAUGGCUAUGAAAUUGUUUAAAAUAAAAUGCAAUCGAAUACGUAAAAAA